AUGGACGCAGACCUCGAGAAACACAUUAUCGAAAUGGCGAGGAGUCAACCUGCACCUGUCGCUGGUCCCAGGGAGCUCAGCCAGGAAGAGAUCGACGCGAAGUUGAAGGCCCUCGAUGACAUUCCCCUGUUCAUGAAAUCCUUACCGGAUGAGAGCUCUGAAAAUCCCGUCCUCGCAGCCCUGCAGGACCUUGCCUACGAAGGGACUCCGGAUGAAAUCGCCGACAACUUCAAAUCUCGAGGAAAUGAAUACUUUAAGGGCAAAAAGUACAGAGAGGCUAUUAGCUUCUACACUCAGGGAAUCGAGGCCAAGCCGACAGACCCCAAGAUUAUGACAGCUUUGCUCUGUAACCGAGCUGCUUGCAAUCUUGAACUCCAAAACUAUGGUUCCGUCCUACGGGAUUGCUCAAGUGCUCUUAAUCUCGACGCCCACUUGUCAAAGGCCUAUUAUAGGUCUGCGCAGGCGCUUUUGGCGCUUGACCGACUCGAAGAAGGGCUGGAUUGCUGUGAUAGGAAGGAAGCAAAGGAAAAAGUUCAAAGGGAACGGGAGGAGCGCCUAAGAAAGGAACAGGAGGCUAAGCGCGCCUUGGCUAUGGCUUUCCGGGAGCGGAACCUCAUUGACGUACCAAAACCAGAUGGAUCUUCGAAUCCGUACGAGCCUCGAUGGGACCCGGAAGAUCCGACCAACUCGACGCUUGUGUUCCCGGUAUUCUUCCUUUAUCCACAAUACGCGACGUCCGAUGUGAUCCCGGAUUUUGUCGAGGACACUAUAUUUGGGGCUCAUCUGGAACGAAUGUUCCCUCCUGCUGGGACUGCGCCAGAGUGGGACAAAAAAGGAGAGUACACGGUGCCGUCCCUCGUCGUCUACGCCAUGACGCGCCGGAAGCGGCUGUUCAAGGUCGGCAAGAAGAUGACGUUGAAGGACGUGUUCAAAGCGGCCAAGCCCAAAGAAGGAGAGCCAAAGGACGGAUUGGAGGUAAAAGAUGGAUGUCUUACCUUUGUGGUUGUCCCGAAAGGUGACGCGGAGAAGAAGUGGGUAGACGAGUUCAAGCGUUCUAGAGACCAAAUAAGCACCGAGAGCUCCAAACGAUACAACCAAAAAGCGAACCUCGAUCAACAGAAACACACCGCCGUUCGUCGCGACCAAAAGGGGCUCUCCACCGCCAAUAUGUCUGUCACCAACAAGAUUCUCCGCACGGCGAACGCCCCCAACACUCCCCCCGAUGAGAUCGAGACUCAGGUCGCCCAGGCCCUUAUUGACUUGGAGAACAACGUCCCCGAAUUGAAGAGCGAAUUGCGAGUCCUCCAGAUCUCUGCUGCCCGUGAAGUCGACGUUCGUGGCGGCAAAAAGGCCAUCGUUAUCUUUGUGCCCGUUCCUCAGUUGAAGGCUUUCCACAAGGUCCAGCAGAGGCUGACCCGUGAACUCGAGAAGAAGUUCUCCGACCGCCAUGUUGUCUUCAUCGCCCAGCGCCGGAUGCUCCGCAAGCCCACCCGCACCUCCCGAGUGAAGCAGAAGCGACCCCGCAGCCGAACUCUUACUAGCGUCCACGAGAAGAUCCUUGAGGAUCUUGUCUUCCCCACUGAAAUUGUUGGCAAGCGCACCCGUGUUGCCGUUGAUGGCUCCAAACUCCUCAAAGUAUUCCUCGACUCCAAGGACGCUACCUCGUUGGAAUACAAGCUCGACUCAUUCUCGUCAGUGUACCGCCGCCUGACUGGCAAGGAUGUGGUGUUCGAGUUCCCUGUUGUGCACGGCGACAAGGCCUAAACAUCGUAGUAUGAUACUCUUUAUGUUAUGGCCAUGUUUUUUUAGUAUAUGAACGAUCCAAAAGCAUAUGCGAA